CUCCACCCUAUCCUCAUUAUUCUACAAUCCCCAGCAAACUGAAUCAAGCCAUAUCAAUUACCAAAUUUAUCAAUUAUUCAAUAUGCGCGUUCUUGCCAUCUUCGCGACCCUUCUGGCUCUGGCCUACGCUAGCCCCUCCCUAGAGCAGAGACAGCAGGGUAAGAACUGCAAGGAGGUCCAUAGCCCCGACACCUGUGGCGCACACGGCCUGGUCAAGUGUGACGGUUCAGGUUCAUUUCUUGUUUGCUGCGAACGUUGCUAUUAAGCGUAUUGUGUCUAGGGCAGAAACGUAUGGGAGGGGUUUAUUUCAACGGCCUUUUCCCAUAUAGUAUAAUCCAAGAUUCUCUAUAUUUUUUUCCAAGCCAUCUUGUUUUCCUCGGAUGAAGUAAAUAAGAG